AUGGAGAAAGUAAAGAAGAAGGAGUCAAAGAGUGGGGAAAAAAGACGAGGAAGACCUCCAGCACUUACAAGUGUGAAGUUCAAAUUGUCACAGGAAAAGGACACAUCGGACAUUCAGAAGGGCAGCAAAGAAGAAAAAGAGAGUCUGAAAAAAAUCAAAAGAUCACCAUCCACUACAUUUCAGCAAGCAACUAAAAUCAAGAAAUUAAGAACUAGUAAGCUUUCCCCACUGAAAUCUAAAUUUAAGCCUGGGACAAAACUUCAGAUUGGGAGGAAGAGCGUUCAGAUCGUGCGCAGGAGAGGCAGGCCACCGUCCUCCGAACGUUUAAAGACUUCCUCAACUUUGGUCAUGAACUCACAGCUGGAGAAGCCCCAGAGGAUUCGCAAAGAAAAGGAUGGCACACCGCCUCUCACAAAGGAAGAGAAGGCUGCUGUCAGACAGAGUCCACGCAGGAUUAAGCCUGUCAGGAUUAUACCUUCCACCAAAAGGACGGAUGCUACGAUUGCUAAGCAACUCUUGCAGAGGGCUAAAAAGGGAGCACAAAAAAAGAUUGAGAAAGAAGCAGCCAAACUGCAGGGCAGGAUGGGGAGAACACAGCUCAAAAAUAUUCGACAGUUUAUCAUGCCGGUUGUGAGUGCAAUCUCAUCACGGAUUAUCAAAACACCCAAACGGUUUAUUGAGGAUGAAGACUACGAUCCUCCUAUUAAAAUAUCCAGACUAGAAUCCACACCAAACAGCAGGUUCAGCACUACAUCUUGUGGCUCCAGUGAAAAGUCCAGCGCUGCUUCUCAACAUUCAUCUCAGAUGUCUUCAGAUUCCUCACGGUCCAGCAGCCCCAGCGUGGAUACAUCUACAGACUCCCAGGCUUCUGAGGAGAUGCAGAUGCUUUCUGAGGAGCGAAGCAAUACUCCAGAAGUUCACACUCCCCUGCCUGUUUCUCAGUCCCCUGAAAAUGAUAAUGGUGAUAGGAGAAAUAGAAGGUUUUCGAUAACAGAAAGAAGUUUUGGCCAGAGGACUGCAAAAAAGCUGUCUGCCUUACCAAGCAUGCCACAGCAGCAGUCUUCCUCCUCUCCUCCUCCCCCCUUGCUCACUCCCCCCCCACCACUGCAGCCUGCUUCAAGCAUCUCAGACCAUACCCCUUGGCUUAUGCCUCCAACCAUUCCGUUAGCCUCGCCCUUUCUUCCUGCUUCUGCUGCACCGAUGCAAGAGAAACGAAAGUCAAUUCUGCGAGAGCCAACAUUUAGGUGGACGUCCCUAAAACAUUCCAGGUCAGAGCCGCAGUACUUCUCAUCAGCAAAAUAUGCCAAAGAGGGUCUUAUUCGCAAACCGAUAUUUGAUAACUUCAGACCCCCACCGCUAACACCGGAGGACGUUGGCUUUGCAUCUGGCUUCUCAACGCCAGGUGCGACAGCUCCCACGCGUCUCUUUUCACUUCACUCUGGAGCCAGGUUUGAUAUGCACAAGAGAAGCCCUCUGCUGCGAGCGCCACGAUUCACACCAAGUGAGGCCCACUCCCGCAUCUUCGAGUCUGUGACCUUGCCCUCGUCAGUCGGCCGUGCCACCACGGGCACCUCUGCCGCGGGCACGUCCUCUCGGCGGCGCAAGAGGAAAGCGUUCAGCCCCAUCCGAUCGGAACCCAGAUCUCCUUCACACUCCAUGAGGACGAGGAGCGGAAGGCUUAGUACCUCUGACCUGACAACUCUCACUCCACAGUCUUCUGUCUCUUCCUCUUUAACUAGUAUUUCAGUUAGUUCUCUUGCCACUAGUGCCUUAAAUUCAACUUUUACUUUUCCCUCCCAUUCCCUGUCACAGUCUGGGGAAUCAGCAGAAAGAAACCAGAGACCAAGGAAGCAGACGAAUGCUCCAGCAGAGCCUUUCCCAUCUGGUAGCCCUGCUCCUCUCUUCCCCUGGUUCACAUCAAGUCCCCAGACAGAGAGAGGUAAAAACAAGGACAGGGCAGCAGAAGAGCUCUCCAAAGAUAAAGAUGCUGACAAAGCCCUGGAGAAGGACAAGAGCAGAGAGAAAGACAGAGAGAGAGAAAAGGAGAACAAACGGGAGUCAAAGAAAGAGAAAAGGAGAAAAGGGUCAGAAGUACAGAAUAGCACCGCUUUGUUUCCUGUAGGUAAAAUGCCCAAAGAAAAAGUCAGCGAAGACGCUGCAGCAUCAUCAUCUGCCAAAAAAACUGCCGGGCGGAAGAAGUCUACAGCAGCAGAUCCCACGGCAGAGGUUUCCACUGCUGCUCUGGUAGAUACGACAGCUGUCAAAACCAAAACAUCCAAGAAAGGUAGAGGGGGGCUGGACAAAUCAGACCUGGAUCUCAGCCCCACUGUGCCAUCUUUGGAGAAGGAAAAAGCUCUCCGUCUUUCUGCUCCUUCAUCAAGCACUGUUAAACAUUCUGCUUCCUCCAUCAGUUCUAUGUUGGCUCAAGCAGACAAACUGCCAAUGACUGACAAGAGGGUAGCUAGUCUUCUGAAAAAGGCAAAAGCCCAGCUGUACAAGAUUGAGAAGAGCAAGUCCCUCAAACAAGCAGAUCAGCCAAAAGCACAGGGGCAAGAGAGUGAUUCAUCAGAAACGUCAGUCCGAGGACCACGAAUCAAACACGUUUGCAGGAGAGCAGCUGUCGCGCUGGGCCGCAAGCGCGCGGUGUUUCCUGAUGACAUGCCCACUCUGAGUGCCUUACCAUGGGAAGAGCGGGAGAAGAUACUGUCUUCCAUGGGGAAUGAUGAUAAGUCAUCGAUAGCUGGCUCAGAAGAGGCUGAACCUGUUGCUCCACCCAUCAAGCCCAUUAAGCCGGUCACCAGAAACAAGGCCCAGCAAGAGCCUCCGGUGAAGAAGGGCCGGCGCUCCAGGCGCUGCGGGCAGUGCUCAGGCUGCCAGGUUCCAGAGGACUGUGGGGUCUGCACUAACUGUCUAGACAAACCCAAGUUUGGUGGGCGCAAUAUAAAGAAGCAGUGCUGCAAAAUGAGGAAAUGUCAGAAUCUACAGUGGAUGCCUUCAAAAGCUUAUCUCCAGAAGCAAGCUAAAGCUGCAAAAAAGAAAGAGAAGAAAUCCAAGACAAAUGAGAAGAAAGAAAGCCAUUCUGGAAAAAACCAGUUGGACUCUGGACAGAAACAAACUCCUCAGGCUGUUGUACCAAGAGAAGACAAUUCUGGGAAGAAGAGCAGUGAGCCUGCCCGUAAGCCUGUUGAGGAAAAGCAUGAGGAUGGGAAUUCCUCUGUUCCUGUGUCAGAGCCCAAACAGGUCCCUGUGUCUGGUACCAGAAAGACUGGCAAGCAGAUGUCCCAGCCAGUCCAGCUCCCUCCUCCUCAGCCACCAAGCUCAGGACCUUUGAAAAAAGAAGCACCUAAACCUAGCACUUCUGAGCCCAAGAAAAAGCAGACUCCCCAGCCAGAAAUAGGCACAGAACAAAGCAAACAGAAAAAAAUUGCUCCCCGUCCAACUUUCCCUGUGAAACAGAAACCAAAAGAAAAGGAAAAGCCCCCUCCUCUAAGCAAGCCAGAGAGCAGCACACUGAACUUGCUCAGCACUCUGACUAACGGCAGCAGUUCCAAGCAAAAGCCACCUACAGAUGGAGUCCACAGAAUCCGAGUGGAUUUCAAGGAGGACUGUGAAGUGGAGAAUGUUUGGGAGAUGGGUGGGUUAGGCAUCGUCACCUCGGUACCUAUUACUCCCAGGGUGGUGUGUUUUCUCUGUGCCAGCAGUGGACAUGUGGAGUUUGUAUAUUGCCAGGUCUGCUGUGAGCCCUUCCACAAGUUCUGCCUGGAGGAGAGCGAGCGGCCCCAGGAGGAUCAGCUGGAGAACUGGUGCUGCCGUCGCUGCAAGUUCUGCCACGUCUGUGGGAGACAGCACCAGGCCACCAAGCAGUUGCUGGAGUGUAACAAGUGCCGAAACAGCUAUCACCCUGAGUGCCUGGGCCCAAACUACCCAACAAAACCCACCAAGAAAAAGAAAGUUUGGAUAUGUACCAAAUGUGUUCGCUGCAAGAGCUGUGGAUCAACAACACCGGGCAAAGGAUGGGAUGCACAGUGGUCUCAUGACUUCUCCCUGUGUCAUGAUUGUGCCAAACUCUUUGCUAAAGGAAACUUUUGUCCUCUCUGUGACAAAUGCUACGAUGAUGAUGACUACGAGAGCAAGAUGAUGCAGUGUGGAAAAUGUGACCGCUGGGUCCACUCCAAAUGUGAAAACCUUACUGAUGAAAUGUAUGAGAUACUCUCCAACUUGCCCGAGAGUGUGGCAUACACCUGCAUUAACUGUACAGAGCAGCAUCCUGCAGAAUGGCGUCUGGCACUGGAAAAGGAGCUGCAGAUUUCCUUGAAGCAGGUUUUAACAGCCCUGUUGAAUUCCAGAACCACCAGCCACUUACUGCGGUAUCGACAGGCAGCAAAACCACCUGAUUUAAAUCCUGAGACAGAAGAGAGUAUCCCAUCCAGAAGCUCUCCUGAGGGUCCCGAUCCUCCUGUCCUAACAGAAGUCAGUAAACAGGAGGAGCAGCAACCUCUGGAUCUGGAAGGAGUGAAAAGAAAAAUGGAUCAAGGAAGUUACAUUUCUGUGUUGGAUUUUAGUGAUGACAUCGUGAAGAUCAUUCAAGCAGCCAUUAAUGCCGAUGGCGGUCAGCCAGAGAUUAAGAAAGCCAACAGCAUGGUCAAGUCCUUCUUUAUUCGGCAAAUGGAGCGUGUUUUUCCAUGGUUCAGUGUAAAAAAGUCCCGAUUUUGGGAGCCAAAUAAAGUAACAAGCAAUGGUAUGUUGCCGAAUGCGGUGCUGCCCCCAUCGCUCGACCAUAACUAUGCUCAGUGGCAGGAGCGUGAAGAGAGCAACCGCACUGAGCAGCCCCCUCUGAUGAAGAAGAUCAUUCCAGCUCCAAAACUCAGAGGGCCUGGAGAGCCAGAUUCACCAACUCCUCUACAUCCUCCUACACCCCCCAUCUCUGGCUCUGACAGAAGCAGAGAGGAUAGUCCUGAACUGAACCCACCUCCAGAUGUGGAGGACAACAGGCAGUGUGCAUUGUGCCUGAAAUACGGUGAUGAUAGUGCUAACGAUGCUGGACGUCUUCUCUAUAUUGGCCAAAAUGAAUGGACACAUGUGAACUGUGCUUUGUGGUCAGCAGAAGUGUUUGAAGAUGAUGAUGGUUCUCUGAAAAAUGUGCACAUGGCUGUUAUCCGGGGAAAGCAGCUGAGGUGUGAGUUCUGCCAGAAGUCAGGCGCCACAGUGGGCUGCUGCCUCACUUCCUGCACCAGUAACUAUCAUUUCAUGUGCUCACGAGUCAAGAACUGUGUCUUUCUGGAUGAUAAGAAAGUUUACUGCCAGAGACAUCGUGACUUGAUCAAAGGAGAGGUGGUUCCUGAGAAUGGUUUUGAAGUUCUUAGGAGAGUUUUUGUGGAUUUUGAAGGGAUCAGUUUGAGAAGAAAAUUUCUUAGUGGCUUGGAACCAGAGAACAUCCACAUGAUGAUUGGUUCAAUGACAAUAGACUGCUUAGGAAUUCUGAAUGACCUCUCAGACUGUGAAGAUAAGUUGUUUCCCAUCGGCUAUCAGUGCUCCAGGGUGUACUGGAGCACAACAGAUGCCAGGAAGCGCUGUGUGUAUACCUGCAAGAUCAUGGAGUGCCGACCUCCAGUCGUGGAACCUGACAUCAACAGCACUGUAGAGCAUGAUGAUAAUAGAACAAUUGCCCAUAGCCCAGUUCCCCUUACAGAAAUUCUACCGAAAGACACCCGAAAUACACCUGAAAUUGUAAACCCACCGUCACCAGAUCGUCCCUUGCAUUCUCAGACCUCUAGUUCCUGUUACUAUCCAGUGGUCUCAAAGGGUCCCAGGAUCAGGGUGCCGAGUUACCCCUCUGCACAGAGGUCUCCUGGCUCGCGGCCGUUACCCUCUGCAGGAAGUCCUACCCCAGUGACCCAUGAAAUAGUGACAGUGGGAGAUCCUUUGCUGUCCUCAGGACUGAAGAGCAUUGGUUCUCGGAGACACAGCACCUCCUCUCUGUCACAGCAACAAUCAAAACUCCGGAUGAUUUCCCCUACACGAGCUGGGAACGCUUACUCCAGGCACAGUGUGUCUUCAGUUUCCAGCACGGGGGCCUCUUCAGAAUAUGAACCUACUGUCAAAAGUAGUGACCGUUUUGUGGGGUCAGUAAGCACAGGCCCUCCAAGUGCUCCAGUUCAAAGUUGCUCUACCAGUUCAGGCUCCCAGAAAACAGUGGCUACAACUGGAAAUAAAACUUACCAGCUGGAUGCAUCACAGUCUACAGAAGGGAAACAUUCCAGCAGUUCAGAUUUAGUAGCCAAAGGUGCACCUUCUAAGGGAGAGAAAAUCAAAGCCUCAAAGGACCCAGAUUAUUUGUCUCAUACUUUUGUUUCUGGAGGAAGCGCCAAAGUGUCUACUCAGCCAACCAGUUCAUCAGCCAUGGAAAUGAAUAAAAUAGGAACCUUUCAAGAGUGUUCAGGAUCAUUUUCUUCCAAAGAAGCAAUACCCUUUCCAUCUUUGCAUCAGAGGGGCCCAAGGAAAGACAGAGAUCAGCACAUGGAACCUUUACAGCCAGAGAAAACAACUGCAGUGGAUGAGAUGGAUGCAAAAACCUCGAAGGCUGCUGGAGUAAACAAUAGAUCUCCUGCAGCAAGCGAGCAGGUAGUUACUGCCCCCAGAGAUAAACGUCACAAAGGCAAAAAGUUAAUGAAAGACAGUUUUAAAGAAAAGCAUUCCCUGAAAUCUCUUACAGAGACAAGUCAGGCAGUAGGCAGUGAUGAACUGAAAACAGACUUUGGCAAUCAGGGUUUGGCAACUGAACAAGUUAGUCAGAGGUUAUGUAACAAUAUUCCUGCUGAAAAAGCUGGUGAUAAGUCUCCAUCUUCACAAGGGCCAUCUAAAGGGACUGCAGUGCAGGCUGAAGCAGCCCCUAAGGAAUCACAGGCACCCAGGAAACGCACUGUUAAAGUUACUCUGACUCCUCUCAAAAUGGAAAGUGAAAACCAGUCUAAAAAUGCACAGCAGGAAAGUGAUGCUGAAACUCAGCCUGCAGGGGCAGACCUGGCUGCUUUGGCAGAGCCGUCCUCAGCUUCACAAAGCCCAGAAGAGAACCCUGUAAUUCAGGGAAGUCCAAAUGAACCACCAACACAGGAAUCUCAGAAUAACACAUAUGAAAAUUUGGCCAUUCAAGAUAACAGCUUGAUGCUCCAGGAUGGUGCUAAGGCUCAAGAAGAAGGCUCAUACAAGCGGAGGUAUCCAAGGAGAAGUGCUCGGGCCAGAUCCAAUAUGUUCUUUGGAUUGACUCCUCUGUAUGGUGUGAGGUCCUAUGGAGAGGAAGACAUUCCCUUCUACAGUAACUCAACAGGCAAGAAGCGAGGGAAGCGGUCAGCAGAAGGACAGGUGGAUGGAGCAGAUGAUUUGAGCACAUCAGAUGAGGACGACUUAUACUACUACAAUUUCACAAGGACUGUGGUUUCCUCAAACACAGAGGAGAGGCUCGCAUCCCAUAGCUUAUUCAGAGAGGAGGAGCAGUGUGAUCUUCCAAAAAUCUCACAGCUCGACGGUGUAGAUGAUGGAACUGAAAGCGAUACAAGUGUCACAGCAACAACCAGAAAAGUCAGCCAAGUAACUAAAAGGAGUGGCAAAGAGAAUGGGACAGAGAACUUAAAGCUGGACAGAACUGAAGAAGCUGGUGAGAAAGUCACCAAGAGCUCCACCGUCCACAAGACCGACCCCAAGAUUGAUAACUGCCAUCCUGUGAGCAGGGUUAAAACUCAGGGUCAGGACUCUCUGGAAGUGCAGCUGAGCUCGUUGGAAACGGGCCGCAGGGCUCAUGCAAGCACACCUGCUGACAAGAAUUUACUGGACACUUUCAACACAGAACUUCUGAAAUCCGACUCUGACAAUAACAACAGUGAUGACUGUGGGAACAUACUCCCUUCUGACAUCAUGGACUUUGUGCUGAAGAACACACCAUCUAUGCAGGCCUUGGGAGAAAGUCCGGAGUCCUCGUCAUCUGAACUCCUGACGCUUGGAGAAGGUUUAGGUCUUGACAGCAACCGUGGUAAGGAUAUGGGUUUGUUUGAGGUGUUCUCCCAGCAGCUACCCACCGCCGAACCAGUGGACAGCAGUGUCUCUUCCUCCAUAUCUGCAGAGGAGCAAUUUGAAUUGCCACUGGAGCUUCCUUCUGAUCUCUCUGUUCUGACCACUCGCAGCCCUACGGUGCCCAGCCAAAAUCACAACAGGCUUGCCGUCAUUUCAGAGUCUUCACUUCCCUCCUCGGGAGAGAGGUCAAUGCUUGCCUUGCCUUCCACAGAGUCUGGGGAGAAGAGAGUGACAGUCACAGAAAAAUCUGCCUCAGGAGAAGGUGACACAGCUCUCCUGAGCCCAGGGGUAGACCCAAGCCCCGAAGGACACAUGACUCCUGAUCACUUCAUCCAGGGCCACAUAGAUGCAGAGCACAUAGCCAGCCCAGCCUGUGGCCCUGUCGAGCAAGGACACGGCAGCAACCAAGAUUUAACAAGAAACAGCGGGACUCCGGGGAUCCAGGUGCCAGUAUCACCCACUGUUCCCCUCCAGAGCCAGAAGUAUGUGCCAAACUCCACUGACAGUCCUGGCCCCUCGCAAAUCUCCAACGCUGCGGUGCAGACAACUCCACCCCACCUCAAGCCAGCCGCAGAAAAACUAUUGGUAGUUAAUCAAAACAUGCAGCCCCUGUACGUCCUCCAAACUCUUCCCAAUGGUGUCACCCAAAAGAUACAGUUAACACCUUCUGUUAGUUCUGCGCAGAGUGUGAUGGAAACCAACACUUCAGUGCUGGGGCCCAUGGGGAGUGGGCUCACGCUGACCACAGGAUUGAAUCCGAGCUUGCCUCCAUCUCAGUCGUUAUUCCCUCCCACGAGCAAGGGUAUACUGCCCAUGUCCCAUCACCAGCAUAUACAUCCCUUCUCCACGCCUGCUCAGACAGGCUUCCCACCAAACAUCAGCAGUCCUUCACCAGGUCUUCUAAUUGGGGUGCAGCCACCCCCUGAUCCUCAGCUCUUAGUGUCUGAAGCUAGUCAGAGGACAGACCUUGGUACUGCUGCUUCUACACCAGCUGCUGCUCUGGGCAAGAAACGGCCCAUAUCUCGUCUGCAGUCACGGAAGAACAAGAAGUUGGCUCCUUCUGGAACCCCUUCUGCUAUAGCUCCUUCUGAUAUGGUCUCCAACAUGACCUUAAUUAAUUUUGCUCCUUCCCAGAUUUCUAACCACCCCCUGGACUUGGGAACCAUUGCGAAUUCAACAUCCCAUAGAACCGUUCCCAAUAUUAUCAAAAGGUCAAAGUCUGGGGUCAUGUAUUUCGAGCAAACAUCUUUGCUCCCACAAGGUGGGACCACUACUACUGCAGUCAGCACAUCUCCCAGCAUUAUUGGUGCAGAUGCCAGUCACCUCCCAGCAGGGCCUGUAUCAGGCCUAACGUCGAGUUCCUCAGUGCUGAACGUUGUAUCCAUGCAGGCCACAGCAGCCCCUAGUACUGGUGGGUCAGUUCCUGGUCACGUUUUGGGACAAAGUUCAGUAACGUUAACAAGCCCUGGAUUAUUGGGGGACCUUGGUUCAAUAAGCAACCUCUUGAUCAAAGCUAGUCAGCAAAGCCUUGGUCUUCAGGAGCAGCAUAUGACUUUACCACCAAGUUCUGGGAUGUUUUCGCAACUGGGAGCAUCUCAGACUCCGUCUACGGCAGCCAUGACAGCUGCAUCAAGCAUUUGUGUUCUACCCUCAGCGCAGACAAUGGGCAUGACAGUCGCUCCGUCGACUGCUGACCCAGAAGGCUCCUACCAGCUUCAGCACAUGUCACAGCUUUUAGCCAGCAAAACCGGGGUUGCAUCCUCCCAGCUGGACCUUAGCACAGUUCCAGCAACCACACAGUUGUCAAGCUUUCCACAGCUGGUCGAUGUUCCAAACAACACCGGACCCGAACAAAGCAAGGCUUCCUCAUCAGUGGUGCAUGCCAGCUCAGCGUCUCCAGGGGGCUCCCCAUCAACUGGGCAGCAGUCUGCAAGUAGCUCUGUGCUGGGUGCCACAAAAAUGAAGCCAAAAGUCAAACGAAUCCAGCCAUUAUUAGACAAAGGGAAUGGAAAGAAGCACAAAACCUCUCACGCAUGGGCUGGAUCUUCUGAAGCUCACGUUCCCGAAAAAGGCGCUGUUGCUGUACCCCCGGUCUCGGUUACAGGGACUCCUGCUGUGAAGGCAGAUGCGCAGGAUGCAGCCAGCGUAGAUCAGCCAUUGCAGAAGCCACAUGGGCAGUCUGCAGGGCAACCAGCUGUGGUCCCAGAACCUCAGUCAACACAGAACUCAAUAAAUGAGCAAGAAAAUGCAGGCUCAAAAGCUCUCGAGGAAGAAGAGGGCACUUUCAGCUCCCCUCUUAUGUUUUGGCUUCAGCAAGAACAAAAGAGAAAAGAGUGUCUUGGUGAGAAGAAGCCAAAAAAAGGUUUGGUUUUUGAGAUCUCUAGUGAUGAUGGUUUUCAGAUCUGCGCAGAAAGCAUUGAAGAUGCCUGGAAGUCUCUGACUGACAAGGUGCAAGAGGCCCGUUCAAACGCCCGCCUGAAGCAGCUGUCCUUUGCAGGUGUGAACGGUUUGAGGAUGUUGGGGAUUAUCCAUGAUACUGUUGUGUUCCUGAUAGAGCAACUGUAUGGAGCAAAGCACUGCCACAACUACAAGUUCAGAUUUCACAAGCCAGAGGAGGCUAAUGAACCUCCUUUGAACCCACAUGGCUCUGCUCGGGCUGAAGUCCACCUGAGGAAAUCUGCAUUUGAUAUGUUUAAUUUCUUGGCGUCUAAACACCGACAGCCACCAGAAUACAACCCGAAUGACGAGGAAGAAGAAGAAGUGCAGCUGAAAUCAGCUCGGAGGGCAACCAGUAUGGAUCUGCCAAUGCCCAUGCGCUUCCGGCACCUGAAGAAGACCUCCAAGGAGGCAGUUGGUGUCUACAGGUCUCCUAUCCACGGCCGGGGUCUGUUCUGCAAAAGGAACAUCGAUGCAGGUGAGAUGGUGAUCGAAUAUUCAGGCAAUGUCAUUCGCUCCAUCCUCACUGACAAACGAGAGAAAUACUACGACAGUAAGGGCAUCGGGUGCUACAUGUUCCGCAUUGAUGACUCCGAGGUGGUGGAUGCCACCAUGCAUGGGAACGCAGCCCGUUUCAUCAACCACUCCUGCGAGCCCAACUGCUACUCCCGGGUCAUCAACAUCGAUGGCCAGAAACACAUUGUCAUCUUUGCCAUGCGCAAAAUCUACCGAGGGGAGGAGCUCACUUAUGACUAUAAGUUCCCCAUUGAAGACGCCAGCAACAAACUGCCCUGUAACUGCGGUGCCAAGAAGUGCAGGAAGUUUUUAAACUAG